AUGCCUUCAUUUUGGAGGAGAUCAUGGAAAGGUAGUGUUAUUGCUUCAACACCAACAACACCAAAAGAUUCCAAUUCUGUUGGUGGUAAUGAAUUUUUUCUACAUCAUGAUGAUAUUGAAUUUAUUGAUGGAUCUCCGACGCGUUUACUUAAAGAAAAUAGACGAAGUUUUGAUUUAUUUAAUAAUACAAAAGAUGAUAUAAUAUUCAAUUCUUUUAAUAGAUUUUUUAAAAAAAGAAACUCCUAUCAAAAUAUUGAAUCAUUUAAAGGUAUCCAGUUACCGAGUACUGAUUUGAUAAGGAGGAGGCAAUCUAAAAUGAAUAGUAAUACAGUAUGUGAAGAUGGCAAGAAUAAGGAAGGAGUUAUAAUAAAUAUGACCAUAUAUGGUAGAAAUGGAAAACCAUUAGUUUUUACUGGUUAUAAUUCUUCUACUCUUGUAACUAAAUCUUCAGCUGGAGUAACUACAAAAUUUAAUAUGAAUAUGACUAUUGGUGCAGGAUGUGAAGAAUUUUUUAUUAACUCUUCAUCAUCAGAUGAUGAUGAUGAUGAUGAAGAUAUCACCCCCUAUUCUUCUAUUAAUAAUUUUAAAAGUAAAAAUUUACAUUCUGUAUCUUUUUAUGAACCAUCUACAACUAGUGUCAAGAAAAGAUCUAGUAAAUUUGAAACUUUUAAAUCAAAACUUUCUUUAAGUAAAGCUUCAUUUGCCUCAUUAAAAGAUUUAUUUAUUAAAACACCUAAAUCUAAAGAUAUAUUAAAAAAAAAUAAAAAAAGUUCUAUUCUUGGUAAGAGAAGUUGUGAUAAAAGUUAUUGUAAUAUACAAUCUAAUAAUAAUUAUACACCUAAAUCUGUUUUGGCUAAAAGAUCAAGAAUUAAAAUAAUUCCAUCUGAUUUGGAUGAUUCAUUUAAAUAUCAUCAAGAUGCAUUUGUCAACAGUCACGAAUGGACAAUAAGCAGAAAUGUUUCAGAAAUGAAAUUAGGCAUUGUUGGUACUCCACAUAGUGGAAAAACAGCACUUGUAAAUCAUUUUUUAACAGGAGCUUAUUCAAGAGAAGAUUCACCAGAAGGCGGAAGAUUUAAAAAACAAAUUGUAUUAGACGGACAAUCUUACUUAUUAUUAUUGAGAGACGACGGAAGUGUAAUUCCAGGAAAAAAUUUUGCUAAUUGGUUAGACGGUGUGAUAUUUGUUUUUAACGUUGAUUCAAGAGAAUCUUUUGAAUAUAUUUAUACUUUUUAUCAAGCAAUUUCAAAACAUAGAAAUAUGUCGGAAUGUCCAAUGAUUUUGGUUGGUUCAUUGGAUACAAUAAGUUCUAGUAGUCCACGAGUUGUUAGUGAACAUGAAGCUAGAUCAUUAGCUGUUAAAAUAAAAAAAUGUGCUUAUUAUGAAACAUGUGCUACAUUUGGUCUCAAUGUUGAAAAUGUUUUCAAAGAUGCUUGCUCUAAAAUUGUUUUAUAUCGGUUAAAAGUAUUUGGAAGUCCUGCUAUUGUUGGUGGUACAAAAAAUAAUUCAUCAUCUCAAUAUUCUAAUCAAGAAUCUGGUCACGAAAAUCAAAAUACUCAUUACGCUGUUCCACAUUCAUCUCAAACAUUGAACCGUGGUAGUCGUUCUUCAUCAAGAAAUAGUUGUGUUAGUAAUAUUCUUACAGAAAAAGAUCGUGAAAGUAAACGACACUCACAAUACAUAUCUUCACAAAAUUUUUUAAAUUCUGUCAAAGAAUCACCAUCAAUUAAUCAAAAAAUAUUAGAUAGAGGCUCUUCAGCUACUUCAAUACCAUUUAUUCCACCAUUACCAAUUUCAAAACCGCCAUCUAUGGCUCCACCAGAAUAUAGUGGUAUUGUUAAAAAUAAUCCAAUUAAUCAAGAUUCAGUGGAAGGAGGUACUACUACUACUACUACAACAACCCCAACAACAAAUAAUCUUCUUCCUAAUCAACAACAUUCUGGCAGUAAUAAAAUGCCAACUCCAUCAUCUACUCCAAAUACACAAAGAAAACACCGCCGUAUUUCUAACAUAUUUCAUAGACAUCAUGAUGAUAAACAAUCACCUGCACAGAUGCUUCAAAAUUUAGGGGGCGGUCGAGCUAUUCCAAUAAAACAGGGAUUAUUAUAUAAAAGAAGUACUAAAUCAUUAAAUAAAGAAUGGAAAAAGAAAUAUGUUUGUCUUUAUUCAGAUGGACGAUUAUGUUAUCAUCAAAAUCUAAAAGAUUAUAUGGAUAAGGGAUCUCAAGGAAAAGAAGUAUUUCUAGGAUUAGCUACUGUCAGGUUAAGUGGUCGACCUCGUCCACCAAGAAUUACGCAACGCGCAUCAGUUGCUGUUCCAUCAACUAGCGGUAAAGAAAAUCUUGGUCCAUUACUUAAAACAGGUAGAUAUUCAUUAGCUCCUAAUGAUGAACUUCUUGCAUCAUUAUCUAAUCCAACACUUGAUAUUCCUUCAAAUGGGACUGUCAGUCCGUCAGCUGGUGACGGAACUUCUGGUGGAUCUGAUGGAGGUGAUCAGGUUACAUCAACUACUGGAAGUAUCUCAAGAGCAACUGGUUCUUCUAUCAUAAAUGCAAUUAGUGCAGGAAGUAAUUCUGUAUUAAAAAAGAAAAAAGGCCAUCGUAGACUAGGUUCAAGUACUAAAAAUGAUGAAGAUGAAGAUUGUGAAUUUGAAAUAAUAUGUUUUGAUCAAAAACGAUGGGCUUUUUGUGCUGCUAAUGUUGAAGAACGAGAUGAAUGGGUAUCAAAAAUAGAAGAACAGAUUGAGAAAGCUUUAACUGAAAAUAAAUCAGAGAAAAAUGAAAAAUCAUCUAGAGUUCAUGGUAAGAAAGAACAAAUUGAAGCUCUUCACAAUAUUCCUGGUAAUGAUAAAUGUGCUGAUUGUAGAGCAACAAAUCCAAUAUGGGCUUCAAUAAAUUUAGGAAUAUUAAUUUGUAUUGAAUGUUCUGGUAUACAUCGUAAUCUUGGUACACAUAUAUCAAAAGUUAGAUCACUUGAAUUAGAUGAUUGGCCAAUUGAAUAUUUAGCUGUAAUGAAAGCAAUUGGUAAUACAUUUUCAAAUAAAAUUUGGGAACAUAAUGCACCAAAAGAUAAAAAGCCAUUACCAGAUUCAACUAGAGAUAUCAAGGAAUUAUGGAUUAGAAAUAAAUAUGAACAGAAACGUUUUCUUCCAGCAAUACCAGUUGAUAGAACUUUAGGAAGACAAUUAUUUGAUUCCAUUAUUGCAAAAGAUCUCUAUAAUGUUUUAUUAGUGCUUUCAAGAUGUAGUGACAAAGAGAUAAAUGGGUUGUAUACUGAUUAUGAUAAAAGAGCCCCAAUACAUUUAGCAUGUGCUGUAGGUUCUGUUGAAAUCCUUCAACUUCUUUUAUGGCGGAAUGCAAAUUUUAAAGUUUUAGAUGCAAAUGGACACUCAGCAUUAUGGUACUCUAAAAACAAUGGUCAUAAAGAAUGUGUUGAUGUAUUACUUCAUAAUGGACUUGAAGAUGGUUAUGGAUGUAAAGAUAUACCAAAAAAAACAACAUCCCCAUCAUCAGUAGAUCAAAUGAUUAUUGGAAGUUUAGGGAAUCGUGAUUUUACCACAACACAAAGGGGAGAUAAUUCAGUAUCAUUAAGAGGAGUCUCCGUUACUAGACCAACCAUAUCGAAGUUCCAUAUAGAUGGUUCUUUGGAUCAAAAAGCAAACUAUAACUUUAAUGAAGAAGAUGAGGUAUCCUCAGAAAUUCAAUUUAGAAAAGUAUAUGAAUUAAAUUAA